UCAUUUAGCCGUGGGUGGGUCACGAGGGGGAAAAUGGCUUCCCUGUCUGUUAGCGAGCCUCAGGAGAUGGAAGUUGACAGGAGGGGCGAGUCAGAAGAGUCCGGCGAUGAUGAGACCAAGAGGAGGAGCGUCAAUGGAGAAGUCGAAGAUCUGCAGCGAGCUUCCACAGCUCCAGAUGAGUUGCCUGUUGAUAUGGACACCAUCACCCUCGACCCUAAUGAGGAGGACGUGGAUCUGGUCCACUGUCGGAUCGGGAAGAUCGAGGGACUUGAGGUCUUGCAGAAAGCCAAGACGCUUUCUCUCAGACAAAACCUGAUCAAAAAGAUGGAGAACCUGGAGAGCCUGGUCUCACUGAGGGAACUGGACCUGUACGACAAUCAGAUCCGCAAACUGGAGAACCUGCAGGCUUUAACUGAGCUCGAGCAGUUAGACGUAUCGUUCAACCUGCUGAGGAAGAUCGAAGGUUUGGAGCGUCUGACAAAGCUGAAGAAGCUCUUCCUUCUGCACAACAAGAUCACGAACAUCGGCAACCUCGAACACCUCACCGGCCUUCACAUGCUGGAGCUCGGGUCCAACCGUAUCAGGAUCCUCGAGAAUCUGGACACGCUCACUUCACUGGACAGUUUGUUCCUCGGCACAAAUAAGAUCACUCGGCUGCAGAACCUGGAUGGGCUCCACAACCUGACGGUCCUCAGCAUCCAGAGUAAUCGCAUCACCAAACUAGAAGGACUACAGAAUCUGGUGAAUCUGAAGGAGCUCUAUCUGAGUCACAACGGCAUCGAGGUGAUCGAAGGUCUUGAGAACAACAAAAAGCUGACGACUCUGGACAUCGCAGCGAACAGGAUAAAGAAGAUUGAAAACAUCAAUCACCUCACAGAACUGCAGGAGUUUUGGAUGAAUGAUAAUCAGAUAGAGAACUGGAGUGACCUGGACGAGCUGAAGAACGCUAAAGGUUUAGAGACGGUGUAUUUGGAACGCAACCCGCUGCAGAAAGACCCUCAGUACAGACGCAAGAUCAUGCUGGCACUGCCCAGCGUUCGGCAGAUCGACGCCACCUUCAUCCGCUUCUGACACCCCCCCCCCCCCCCCCCCACACACACACACACACACACACACACACACACACACACACACACUCACUGCCUCAUUCCUGCUCCAAAUCUCAGAUUUUCCUAAGCAUUAGCCUGAUCAAACACACACACACACACAAUGCUCAUAUGCAAACACCCUUUACUAACACGCGCACACACACACUUGAGCUGUACCUGCUCCCUCCACUUCCAAAGCUUUUUCCAUUUUCAGUCAAAUAAAACACUUUGAUCAUGUGAAAGAGUACCUUUUACACCCCCACCCCCCAUGCUAAUGUUUGUUUGAGACGUUAGGACAGGAAGUUGAUGAUCAGCGUUGAGACUCUUAUCAUGCCAUGUUUUAGUUUCAUAUUGGCUCUGAAAAAUAAUCCAUUAUUAUUAUUAUUAUUUUUUUUUUCCCCACCCUGUUAUAUCAAGAUCACAUUGGAAUAUUGUCAAGCAAAAGUUGAGGAUAAAGUUAAUAUAAUGACAUGUUGGAGGAACAGGAACUCUUGGGGGCAGAUUUGAUUUGUCAACAAUGUAUUUUAGUUUUAAUAAUCAGCGACAUCAUUAAUGCUACGCAAUCAAAUAAUCAGCUCUUGUACAUUCCUCAGACCCAUACUGUACAUCCUCCGUGUCUCAGCCUCAGAAGCUCCGCCCACAGGGACAUGUGAUUGGCAGCAGUUAUUAAUGAAACGUGCAAGACUCUGUUGCAAGUGCAUGGCUUUCAAGUGUUUGGCCAACAAAGCAAAAAGAAAUAACUGCUGGUUUUUUUUUUUUUUUUUCCUCCUCAAAUUUGUUAUAAAUUUAAAUAUUUAAAAAAAAGGUAGGCCAUGCCCACAAGAGACAAACAAUUAAGAGUUAGCUGGAUUUUCAGCGAACUUUUACUUUGGUUUUUAACACUGAACAGGAACUUGUCAGGAACUGUCUGUAGUUUCUCUAAAGGUUUCUGAACCUUUGUGGAAACAGUGCCUCCUUUAUACACACAUCAGGCUGCCUGGACAUAAUUUAUCUUUAAAGACUGAAAACUUGGAUACAUUUUAAGUUUACAGUCUGAAACAUCAAAGUAAUUUGACGGACUUUUAUUCUCACGAAUUUGAAGGAUGAUGAUGAUGAUAAUACAUUGGCUUGCUGGGCUUCUACAGCACACUGUUAUUUUCAGUAACUUAUCCAUUUGAUCGCAUGAUCUCUGAGCAGAGUUAACGAUAUAAAGUUAUAAACUGUACGAAGCCGUGUGCAUGUGCUCCACCAGACGAGUGUUUGUGUUUUAUUGUGCAUUUGAUCCUGCGUUAAACACAAUAGCUACAGAAUUGCAUAGUACCGCUUUUAAAAUAAGACAAAAUAGAGCCUAUGUACUGGAACAAAUUUGGCAAAGUUCAUUUUGAUUUGUGGAACAUUGUUUUUCAGUAAAACUUCUACAAAGCUGUGUUUUCUGGCUCCGAGUCAAAUUUUAAUCCCGUUUUAAAGCUACAAUCGGUAACACAAAAUCUGUAAAUCAGAUUAUAGCAGAUGUUUUGUGACGUUGCUGAUCGGUUAGUGUUCUAGUCCACCAACAUCUCAUCAGACCGCCCUUAUAAGAUUGUUGCUAUGGUAACAUCUCUCAUGCUGUUCUUGUUACUUCAAAUUAAAACAUUUUCAUGUCACAUGCAACAGUAAUGAUUAGUUUAACAGUUCAUUUCAAGAGCUGAUGCUAUAUGUGCUUGUUGUCAUGGUUACACUCCAGCUCUAGUUGCUCACUAAGAGCUAAUGAAUAAGGCUGAUUGGAGUUUUAUCCCGGGGUAGUUCAAAACAAAGUAAAGACAGACUGGAGGUGGAGAUGGUACAGAACUAUCUGGAACGUCAACAUUUACCUCAGAUUUGCUGAUAAAUUUGUAAGAAAUUGCUUAGUACGACUAAAAUUAAGAUGUGAUUACGCCUAGCGUUAACCAUGAACACAAUCUCCACAGAGAUACGUGGCAUCACAACUCAUGAAACUGUGAGCUGCUGGAACCUGCCAGCUGUCUGUUAUAAAACAUUAUGAAUGUAUUUGAAUUAAAAAAACAAAAUUACAUAAAUGAAGACUCAAGCCGUCCAAUCAGAAACGAGGACAUUGUCAUUAUGUAUCGCGAUAUUUAGCAUUGCUAACAGUACUGACACUAUUAAAAAAAACAAUUAUCAAAAAAUUACUUAAUUGAGGAAAGAAGGAAAAUAUGACCAUUAAUUAAGAAAAAAAGGAGGAUAUUUCAUGAUAAAAACAAAACUCCCAGAAUGUUUUAUUAUGAAAAUGUAUUGCAAUAUUGAUAUGAUCACUCCAACCUCAUUCAUUAUUCUUAUGAUUAUUUUAUUAUUUAAGCUAUUUUGACCUUUUCCCUUUAGGCUUUAGUGUAGAUAUACCAGGCAUAUCAGUAAUUAAAUAAAAUCAGUGAAUAAAAACGAAAUAAGAAGCAUGUAGUCAGUUCAAGUGUAGAUUAGAUUUUAAAACAAAACACUGAUUGUAGCUUUAAAGACAUAAUGACCAACACAGCAGAGUGAGUUUCAGAGUAAAUGAAACCAACACAUUCUCAAAUUUAAUCUCCAAACAUGUACAGGAAUAACAGACAAACACAGUGGAGGAGUUCGAGCUGAAGCUUGGCGUGAAAUCCAGAAUAACGUCAUGUUGGAGUGACGGAGUUUCUGCAGAUUGUUCUGUAAAUCACAGUUCAGCUGCGUAAAUCAGUCAAACUCACAAAGCAUCAGUUACAAUUAUUAAAUGUUUCAGUGUGCUGUUUUUUGCUCUUUAUUUUAUUAUUUUUUUAUUAUGUUUCACAACUGCUUGGUUGACUAUUUUGAGAUGAAUGUAAUAUAAAUGACAAUAAACCUAAUUUGAAAAAUGUU